AAAACGAGAGUGUGACAAGACGUAAGCUCAUAGUGACAGCCGGGUCAGGAGAAGGCAGAGCGAGAGCUGGGAAAGAGAAAGCAGAGAGGGGGAGAUAAUGCAGGCUGAGAUGAUGGAGGAGAGUCAGGGCUGCAGGGGCUGCUGUCUGCUUACCUAGGCUAGAAAGAAACGUAAGGAAGCAACAGUGUGGAAAUCAGGUAGAAAGUGUGCAGAUCUGUCCAGAUGUGUGUGUGCGUGAUGUGCAACUGGCGGUGCUCGGUUAAAUCAGUUUAUGGAGAGCGUUUGUGUGAGUGAGUGAGGCUGUGCAACCAGUAUUGCCUAGAAAACGUGCCUGGUGGAUUACGAGAGAUCAAGAGGACGACCGUUGUGUUUGUGUAUGUAUGUCAGUGUGUGUGUGUUUAAUGGUAAGCAAAAGGGCUAGGUGCUAUUUGUCAGGGUAUGUUUUUUAGAAAACCGUGCAGCCAGACAACUGUGCCAUAAACGGGGAGAGAUAGUCCAGGUAGUUGAAGCAUCUGAGGAUACCAGGGCAUUUGGGGACAAGCACUCCUGCCUAGAAUCUGCCCUCUGAAUUUCAGACCAAAGGAGGUAAAGAACACAACCUAUACAGACAGUAAAAGAGGUGAGGAGGAACCAUGGGUUCACGUGAACUCUUGAGCCAUCAGCGGAGAUAUUUGUAGGACCAGAGCAUCUUUGUUUCUUCUGAUUUCUUCCAAAGCCACGGAAACUGUAUAGUUUCUGCUAAGGUUUACGUGAAGGAUUGGUGAGCAACCAAGACGGUGUCCAGUGACCCGUGAAUGCAUUCAGCAUUCAAUCAUGGGAGAGUGGACCAUACUAGAGCGCCUCCUGGAGGCCGCUGUGCAGCAGCACUCCACGAUGAUAGGAAGGAUUCUACUGACGGUGGUGGUUAUAUUUCGUAUCCUCAUCGUGGCCAUCGUAGGCGAGACGGUGUACGAAGAUGAGCAGACCAUGUUCAUCUGCAACACCCUCCAACCAGGAUGCAACCAGGCCUGCUAUGACAAAGCCUUUCCUAUUUCCCACAUCCGAUACUGGGUCUUCCAGAUCAUUCUCGUUUGCACGCCCAGUCUGUGCUUCAUAACCUAUUCAGUGCACCAGUCGGCCAAACAGCGCGACCGACGCUACUCCUUCCUCUACCCGAUAAUGGAGAAGGAGUACAGUCGCGAAGGUGCCCGCAAACUGCGCAACAUCAACGGGAUCCUGGUGCAGCACCCUGACAGCGGCGGCGGAAAGGACGAACCCGACUGCUUGGAAGUGAAGGAGAUCCCGAACGCACCAAGAGGUCUCCUCCACGGCAAGAGCUCCAAGGUGCGGCGUCAAGAGGGCAUCUCUCGUUUCUACAUAAUCCAGGUCGUGUUUCGCAACGCACUCGAGAUAGGCUUCUUGGCAGGCCAGUACUUUCUCUACGGCUUCAGCGUUCCCGGCAUCUUCGAGUGCGACCGCUAUCCUUGCCUGAAGGAGGUGGAGUGCUACGUGUCGCGUCCUACCGAGAAGACGGUCUUCCUGGUGUUCAUGUUCGCUGUGAGCGGCAUUUGCGUUGUGUUGAACCUUGCCGAGCUCAACCACCUGGGCUGGAGGAAAAUCAAGGCCGCCAUUCGAGGCGUGCAGGCCCGCAGGAAGUCCAUCUGUGAGAUCCGCAAAAAGGACAUGGCUCACCUGUCACAGCCGCCAAACCUGGGCCGGACCCAGUCCAGCGAGUCUGCCUACGUCUGAUCUCCCUUUAUCUAAAUAAAGUGUUACAGGAGGGGAGUGGAGGCUGUUAGAGUACCAUGUUUUUGUUGGAAGGGGAGUACCCUCACAUAGCCACGCCUCUUUCCAACAAACCACUCCCCAAUUUAUGCCAUACGACAGUGUUCGAGGAAGUUUGCAAGUUGGAUGGGUGCAGAAUCACGUAGAGACGGGAUUUUUUUGAUUCUGAUCUGGAAAUAGUCAAACUGGACACAAUGAAUAGUAGAAGGGUGAGGAGCAGAGAUGGGAGGUGAUAGAUGCCACUUAAUGCACAAACGUUUAUGGAAGUGACCGAAUCUGGGGGGAUGUUAAAGAUGGGUACUGUAGUUAGCAGGAGAUCACUUACUAUCACAAAGAUCUCUUACUAUCCUAAACCUUGCUGAAUGGGUGCCAGGUUACUGUUUAGGUUUGCUCUGUUGGCCAUCAAUCGGCCUAAAACAAACAGAGGGGAUAAACAUUUUAACAGCAAUGGCACCUUCACGUUGACACAAACAUUAGCAUCUUUUUCCGAAUUGUUAUCAUAGACGCUUGAACGAUCACAAAAGACUGUUACCUCCACACAACGCGUGCCCUUCCACAAAGUCCUCUACUGUUUAGUGUUGAGCAUCCCUCUCUCAUGUGGUGCAUGAAUGUGGGUUUAUAUGUGAGUUUGACUAUAUUUCCUUGUUGUUCAUUUAACGAUUACUCUUUUUUUUUGCAAAGGUUGGUGCCAUUACUGUUUUGUUUCAGAUUAUUGUAUAUAAUUUAAAACAUAAUUCAAAGAUUUUGGGAAAUAGAGCCAACUCUGCUGAAAAUACCUGCUGGUCCAUGCAGAUCCUGGCUAGUUGUUGGUUUAAUAUUGGUCUAGCAAAUGACAAAAGCUUCUUUUAGUGAAGCUUUGUUGACUAAAAAAACUCUUUUGGUUAAGAUACUAUAAUGUUAUCAUGAGCAAGCCAGCAUCCUAUAAAGUGUAGAUCAGGAAGUGUAGAUCUGUUGAGCAGAGAAAGAGUUACAGUGAUUUAUCUUUUAUUCAGAUUAAUCCAGAGGUUUCUAUCAGAAGACUUUUAUUAUGAAAAGGGUAUCUAUUAAGGCAUGUUUACAAAGAUCUACCUGUUGAAUGAAUGAAACGUGAUGUUCAGUGUAUGUUUGUACGAAACCGAAUCAUUUACGAUGAUUUUCUUAGCUUUUUCUUCUCGUCACGUGUUUAUCGGCAUGCCUUCGUGAUACAACAGUAGAAAAAUAUAUACCUACAGUACGUGUUGCACUUUGUGAGAUGGGGAGAGUGGACAGAAGAAGAGACUCACUCUGGAGGAACAUUGGUGGUUUAAUAAGAUCCAUUAUGAGUCGGUGUAGCUGUGUGCCUUUGUUUAAACAGUAGUGUGAGUUGUAGCAUCUCCUACAAAUGCACACAGAAAGAGUUGUUCGUACAGACAACAAGUACCUGUGCCCUGACAGCAUUCUGCACAUGUGUGCAUUAAACAGUGUAGACAGUGCUUACGCUGACAUACUGCAGAAACACAAACCACUGUCAGACAGAAGAUACGGAGAUACAGAGAGACCUGACGUGAGAAGGAAAAUUCAGAGGUCCUUUAUCAGCAGCACAAUGUUUCCUGGCUUAGGCACGUCUUGUACACAAAGACUUUCGCAGGACAGCGGGUGUUUGCAUUUGCUUUCACAUAAACUGUAGUUUAGUAGCAUUUAUAAAUCAGAAGUGAAGUGGGUGUGAAGACAGAUGCUGUCGUUCAUAACUAAAUUAAAAUGGCUGGCCAUUAUUAAAGAUGGAAAUAGGUCAGGUUUGAGAUGCCUGUGUAAAUGAACUGUUAAACCACAAGAAAGCACCCCAUUUAAAUACAUAUAUAUUUUUAGAAAAAUCAUCUGGAAAGUCAUAAAUUAUUUCCACCUUAACGAAAAUUACAGCCACAAAACCACAAUGUAUCUCCUUUAUCUACAGUAAAAGCCUUUUUACAAUUUAGAGAUUUUACACAGUCAUGUACAAAGACAGCAACAAAAUUAUAGCACUUUGAAAUUCCCAGUGCUGUUAUGCUGAUAUAGGAAAAAAGCCAGUUUAACCAGUAAAACCAUAUAACCUCUGUGUAAAGUCAUUUACAUGCAGAUGCUUUUCAAGUGCAGUUCAGAGAUGAUUGAUGGAUGCUUUCCCUCGUGAGCUCUUCUUCUUGUGCUUGCAUUAAUCCACUCUCCUCUGUCUAUUUUUUAUCAAAUCUAUAUCAAAGUUUGAAUAGUAGAAAAAAAAGAACAAUAUGGAACUUUAUGCAAAGCUUUUUUUCUUCUUUUAUAUUUAUUACCGUUUGUGUAUUUUGUGUGUUACUCUUUCAUACUGUGCUGUAAUAUGAGGGUAAAUGGGUAUUUAAAGAGUAAAAUUAGGGUAUUUUAAUCGUAAUCGCCUGGGAGGCCAAAAAUUGAGGCUUUUAUCGCCAAAGUACUGUAAUAUGCAACUUGAUAACUGGGGUUUAGUGAAUGAGCUGUGAAAUGAUGGUAAAUGCAUGGAUUUUUAGAAAAGCAUGUUUGUUGCUUUAUUAUGAUUUUAUAUUUUAUUAUGAAACAGACAGGGACAGGGACAAGUAAGUAAAUGGUUUUUUUUUAUUGUAAGACUGGGUAAUGUAGCAAACCUUUAGCCUUUAAUGGCCAAAACUAUAUUAAUACAAAUGUAGGCAAACUGCAAUGCAACAGGUAGCACAAAUAGCCUAUUUGACACGACAGAUGACUUUAUGCACGUUACAGGCAAAUUAUCCCUAUCACUGCCAGAUGAAUUUUUUUUUUUUUUAGAAAAUAACUUUCUUAUAAAAUGUGUCUUUUUAAAUAUAUCAUAAUUGGUUUUUAGGUAAACAAACCUGUGUGUAUAAUUGACAAUAUGAUGUUCAUCUACUGCCACUGAUCAAUGUCUCAGACAUGAGAUGAUGAUAUUUACUGCUGAUAUUGUAAAAAGUCAUAAUGUCAAUUAAUCACCCAAAUGCAUGAGCAAAAACGGUCUCAGGUGACGUUGUUUUUAAGAUGACUUUUUAGUGUUUCUAUUCUGUGAAAAAGCCAUUUCAAGGUUUGCCCACAUUUUCUAAACUCUAAUAGACAAAUUGUUAGUGAAAUGAUGCUCGUGUUUCGUGGAAUUCAGGAUAUAUACACAAGAGAAAAUCAAAACAAAAAUCUGUCUCAGCGUUGCCAAAAGGACACCAAACAUGAUAACUACUCAAUACCAGGUGAAGUUUGUGUCCUGUUAGCUCAAAAACAAAAUCAUCGUAAUCUCAUGCUAAUCCCUUUUGAAUGCUAGUCACAUGUCCUAGAAUGCUCUCUGACUGUCCGCCAAAAAAAAAUCACUGCGUUCACAAUCGCAGGAGUCCGUGUGCCAAGCACACACCAACGUUUUCCUUCAAAGCCCUGGCCUGUGACCAAUCCUUGUCUUUUAAGUCGUUUGCUUCAGAGACACAAUUAUAUUCCCAAACUGUGCAAAGGAGCCAUCCUCUAAUCUAGGGCCAGAUUUAGCUUUUCAAAUCCUAAUCUUCACCUUCAUACAGGGAAAACCAAAACUGGUCUGGGAUCAGAGUAAAGGGAUCACCAAUUACAGCUCCACGUGUGCCGCCAAGGGAGUUUGACACUCGCCGCAUAAGCCGUACUAAUCUCUCAGGAAUAAGACGAGUCGCCGCUUCUAAUCACUCCCAGCUGCUUAGACGGCCGUAUAAACACUCGAUUAGCAUUUGGCAAAGGCAAAAGGGCAGGCGAGCCAUCCCUCGUACCUGCACCAUCAAAGGACAAAUAACAUCAACACAUGCAGCUAUAACUCAGGAUCUGUGCAAAGGCAACAAUCCUAAAAAGCAACGUUAUACACACAGAGAGAGAGAGAGAGGGAGAGAGAGCAGAAAUCAGAGUACAUUCUGUUAACCAGACCAUUUUUCAGUUCAUUACACUGUGUGAUACCUACAUGAUUAUAUACAGGAAUACGGGAAUGACAUUAUUUUCAGUAAAAAUUGGCUAGUGAAGUGGUUUGUUGUACCAAAAUUAACAUUAGUAACCAAGACUCGCAAAUAGGCAUAACAUAUUUGACUUGAGGUUAUCUUGCAUGUACUGUACGUUUGUUUAAAGUUACACCAAUAUUUUUUAUUACACAGUUAAUUAGCAGCAGGAUGGACAUUAUAUAAUAAUACAACAUUGAUUUAUAUUACUAUCAAUCUGUAAUCUGUACAAUCUGCAAGUCACUUUUUCUCUGGAUGUACCAUCAUAGUCUAUUUAGCUACUGUAUAAGGUAACAUGACUUUGUGCACUGUAAAAAAUUCUGUAGAAAUUACAGUGUCACUUGCAGCUGGUUGCCGGUAACUUACCGUAGAUUUAAAUGUAUGUUAUUUACUGGCAAGAGUUUGUUCAAAGUUAAAUUAAUUUCAAAUAUUAACAAGUCUUUGUCUUUACAGAAUAAAACUAUAAAAUAACAGCCUCAUGCAAAGCAUUCUGGGAACCAGAAAUCAUCGUCAACCUUUUUGACUUUGUUUCCCAGAAUGUUUUGCUUGAUGCUGUUAUUUUAGUUUUACUCUGUAAAGAAAAUAAAAACUUGUAUAUGUUUAAUGUUCAUUUAACUUUGAACAAAAUGUUGCAAGUAAAUAACAUACAUUUAAAUCUAUGGUAAAUUACCGGCAACCAGCAGGUAACACUGUAAUUUCUACAGAAUUUUUUACAGUGUAUUUUACAUUCCGUCUUUACGCUAUUCGUAUGUUUUAGCUACGGCAUAUUAUGACUGUUCUCCAAUGCCAUUUCUACUACAGUCAGUAGUUUUAGUUACUGUGGUGAGUCACAUUGUAGCAUCUGUUAGCUUAUUUAAAUUAAAUAUUGAUGGGUUACAUUUCUUGAUUGAAAUAAUUGUGACCGCACAAUGUUGCGAUUGACCAAUCAGAGUAAUGUAGUUCAAAAGCCAUGUAAAAUGGGUAUUAUUCUUUGGGUGAGCUCCAACAUUGCCAAGCAUUUAUAUGCUGUUUUUUAAAAGAAAUAGUUCAGAUAUGUAUUAAAAACUGUGAAGAUUAUAAAUCAGAAUAAUAUCAGCUUAAAGGAUAAAAGCCUCAUUUGAUAUCAGUAACAACUGCUAUUUUUAGUGCAAGUUCAAAUAUUUCUAUCAAAUACUAUUGUCAAUACAAUUUCCUGAAUUAUUUAAAAGAAUUAUUGUUAAUAUGAACACAAAUGUUAACCUUUUUGAAAAUUAGGGCUAUUAAUACAAGAUUUAAUCUUUUCCAGAGUUAUUUGGAAGAUAUGGAAGAGGGGCAAAAUGCCUUUUAUACAUAUAGAUGUCAGACAUUCUGUAUCUUUAAUGAAACUAUCACUACCACACAUGUGGUUCAGGGUAACAGCAUUACCUGCGGUCGAAUGCGGCAGUCACGUCCUUUAGAGAUUAUGCAAUCUGCAACCCUUUAAUCCACCAUAAUAUCAACAGUCUGAAUACUUUAUCUAAUUAAAAUGUGCUUGAUUGUGUGCACUGAUUAGGAUUUAUAUAUUUUUUCUUUUUUAAUGAGAUUUUCUUUAAUAUGUUUUUCUUUUUGUGUGAAAAUGAUGCACUAAAGUCAAUGCACAAAUGCGUUCAAACUAAGGGUGAAAAAUUUUACACUUAUUUAAUAUCAAAGGGUGCUGCUAAAAUGGGCCAUGGGUGUGUAGACUUUACUGACACUUGUAUAAAAAUGGUCAAAUCUACUACCAUUUAUCUUAGCCCUGUUGUGAUCUCUUUUGCUGAAUUCAUCCCAAAAUGAACAAUUCUUACUUGUUUCUAAUGUCCAGAACAAACUCUCCUGUUUGGGAAACAGAUUUCUAUUUUGUAUCCAGUUCAUCUUAUUUAAAGGUUUUGCUUUCUUCAUGUUUCUGACUUGUGGACUGUGUAUGAUGACUGAAUUAAACACUUUGAAUGAAUUUAUAA